GGGCUAUAGACUGAACAUACAUGGGUCAUAAAGGAUUCGAAGAAGUAGAGGAGAAGGACGCGUAAGAAAUACUCUGCAAUAGGGUUAAACGACGUUGUUGAUAUUACUCUUAAGUGGCCGGUCGUAAAACGUAAAGCGUGUGCGGUUGUACAAUCACACAGACUAUGAUAUAUAGUGCGGGACGGUGUAGUGAUUGGGACCUUGCACAACAGCAAUGAGUUCCAAAUUUAUCAUCGAUAGUAUGUUACCUAAGUAUCAUCAACAAUUUCAUCACCAGCAAUUGUUUCAAAGCCCAGUAAGCACAUCUUCAAUCGAGGCAAGUUUAGCAUCCGUAGUUAACUACAGUUCGUCAGGAUCUCCGAGUGGUUCUUCUCCUCAACAUUCAAAUAGUAGCGCUUCUUCGACUUCGCCCGCCUCCAGAAUGUAUCCCUACGUGUCAGCAGCAACGGCAGCGGCCCAUCAUCACCAUCAGCAACAAGCCGUGGCCGCUGCCGCCUUCGGAGCGGCGGCCGCCUCAGGAAGCAUGGUCCCAACAGGAUUUCCGUCUAGUGCUAGCACCGCCGCUUUGGCAGCCGCCGCAGCCGUAGAUGCCGCCGCAGACAAGUCAUGUAGGUACACAGCCGGUCUAGGUGGUAACGUAGGUCCUGGAGAUUCUAUGGUUAAUUAUACGCUGGGUCACCACCAUCAAAAUGGGGCGGCCGUGUCGGCGGCAAGCUCCGUCAGCGCGGCAUCUGCCUCCAUGGCCGUGGCUGCCCAAUUUUACCAUCAAGCUGCCAGCGCCGUUGUGGAUCCAUUGAAUUCCUGCUCGCAAAAUACAGCUCCCGGCGGACAACCCAUUCCAGAUAUUCCUAGAUAUCCUUGGAUGUCAAUCACAGGAACUGUAGGCUCCUCCGUGGGCACAUUGUUGCCAACUGAUUCAGUGGAUUGUUCAAAUAUGCGUUUCUUGUUUAGACACUUCUUUCUAAAUGAAAGUUCUGUCACAUCAGUAUUAGAAUUUUCAUUAGAGCUGGAAGGCCCAUAA